ACCUCAAACUUAUGUUCAGUUUGUCGCAGUGAAUUGUGGGAUAGAAGUUCACAGAUAUGGCGUCCCGUGUGCUUGCAUAUUGUGUGCGCUCCGUCGCCCGCGCCACUGCAAGGUUAAAUCAUGGCAACGCGUUCACAAGAUCCGCCUGCGCGCCUCUCGUCUCAAAGCAGCGCCCGCUCUGUGUCAUUUCGUGCAGCCAGCGGACGAGGUGGACUGAACUAGUGCGGAUUUCAGGUCCGUCUGUUCAUCCGAGUCGGCAUUACGGGGAUCUUCCACCCCUCACUUUAGAGAACAUUGAAGAGCGUGUCUUGUACGUCCUUAAACUGUAUGACAAGAUCAGUCCAGACAAGCUGCAAACAUCAUCUCAUUUCAUGAAAGAUCUGGGGCUGGACAGCUUGGACCAGGUGGAGAUUAUAAUGGCUAUGGAAGAUGAGUUCGGAUUUGAGAUACCAGACGCAGAGGCUGAGAAGCUUAUGACUCCUGCGGAGAUUGUACAGUACAUUGCAGAUAAAAAAGAUGUUUAUGAAUAGAAGCAAGUCAUAUGGUACGGAUCGACUCUAUAUUAAACAAUUCGGAUGUUUGGCUGCAUCCAGUGUCUGUCAAACUAUUUUCUUCUGUCUCUUGCUUAUGGAGUCAACUGCCUUGUCAUGUACUAUUGUAUUUAAUGAAAAUGUCACUAUAAACUCAUUGGAACCUGAGCUGAAAAUAAAGCCAAGACUAAAUUGUAAUUCUUCAGUUUGCAUUGCACCAAGUGAAGCCUCAUUGUAAUUCCUCUAGUGGAUGAGUAGUGUUACUGCAACUUAAAUUCAAGGUCAGUGCCACUUAAAAAAUGUCAGUGCAAGAACUUAAAAGAUGCUGUGCAAUAUUUCCAUCAAAAUACUGCAUCCUUUCACCAGAUUAAAAUGCAUAAUUGUAAGUAAACCAUAGGAUGAUGUUU